UGUUCAGUCUGAAAUCAAUGAUAUGGAUUGGGAAAGUACCUUCUUCUUGCGCCAUCUUCCAGCUUCAAACAUGCAUGAAAUUCCUGAUCUUGAAGAUGACUACAGGAAGGCAAUGAAGGAGUUUGCAGUGGGGCUGCAGAAACUUGCAGAGCAAAUGUUAGACUUGUUGUGUGAGAAUCUUGGGUUAGAGAAAGGGUAUUUGAAGAAAGUAUUUUAUGGGUCAAAGGGUCCUAAUUUUGGGACAAAGGUUAGCAACUAUCCUCCAUGUCCUAAACCAGAUCUUAUCAAGGGACUCAGAGCCCACACAGAUGCAGGUGGCAUCAUCUUGUUGUUCCAAGAUGACAAGGUCAGUGGCCUCCAGCUCCUCAAGGAUGACCAGUGGGUUGAUGUCCCUCCCAUGAAACAUUCCAUUGUCAUCAACCUUGGUGAUCAACUUGAGGUGAUUACUAACGGUAAAUACAAGAGUGUAAUGCACAGAGUUAUAGCACAGACAGAUGGGAACAGAAUGUCACUAGCCUCAUUCUACAAUCCUGGAGAUGAUGCUGUGAUCUACCCAGCACCAUCUCUGGUAGAGAAAGAAGCAGAGAAGAAUCAGAUUUACCCAAAAUUUGUGUUUGAUGAUUACAUGAAACUUUAUGUUGGGUUGAAAUUUCAGGCUAAGGAGCCAAGAUUUGAAGCCAUGAAAGCCAUGGAGUCUACUGUAACUCCUGGUGCCAUUGCAACUGUUUGAAAGAAAGAAGAAAAAACCCUUCUUAGAAACUCAAAAAAAGGAAAGCUGGGUUUUACUCUUUUAUGUGUUGGGUGUGUUUGUGUUGGUGAAAAUUAAUACUACAAAAAUGAUGUGCCUUUUUUUCUUACUGUUCUUUUACCUUUUAGUGUCAAGGAAUUAUGCCCUAAUCAUGGUGUUUGGAAGUUGAUUGGCUUAGCAAGGAACUUACUAGCUUAAAAUAACCCUAUGGGUUUCUGUUGUGCUUUCUGUGUGUAAUGUAUUCUGUCUAGUGGCCUUUGGUGGGUUUCUGUUGUAUAAAGUAAUAAUUUUAAGAUUCUAAUUAUGCUUUUCUUUUAAGUA